AUGUCCGCCUCAAAUUGCAUCUAUCUCUCCGAGGACGUCAACAUAGCCCUGCACCGGAACCAUAUACUCAGCACUGGGAUAUCGCUGGUGAUUAUCCGCUGGGAUUAUAAGAAAGGAGCCAUAUAUUCGAUAUCCCCAUAUCGGGCGCGAUUUCUCGACGAUAUUCCAGAUCUAGCAUCCGUUCCGUGCAUCGAAAAGCUCUCUUUCCCGAAUCACGAUCCCUCCUGGGACCAGCAUCAUCAAAUCUGGACCGGAGCAGUGCAAACCAUACUUCAGUUCUGUCCUACAAUCACUGAUCUAGAGCUCAAUCUCGACGAGUGGGUCCGUCCAGAUCACUUGGAGUAUAUACAGGCACGUCGUGCAGCGCUAUCUUCUCUUUUGGGUUCCCUUCCAAGGAGCCUAAGGGUGCUAGACUAUGAGGGGGAGAGCGACGGCCCAUGGAAGCCGUCUAUGCCUGCACUAAAUCUCAUCCCCUCUGGUAUUGAUGGUGUGAGCCUCAAUCUGCGAGAUCUCAGCGUUCACCUUCAGGAGUUAAAAUUGAAACGUACUUCUAUUCUGAGGCCAGCUGAACUAGGCUUUUUGCACUUGAACUGGCCUUAUCUGAAGAUAUUGGAGAUUGAAUUUGUGCCAGCCUGGCUUCCUUCAGGAGAAUGGACUUACCAUAACACGCCGGAGGACCAGGCCGAAAUUGAUAAUAUUGAAGACUGGGAAGACGAGAUAUGCGAUGUCGAAGCGGGAUGGAAAUAUCCGAAAUUACGGACUGAAGAGCAUUUUCAUCGGCUUCUCAUAUCGCUCGGCUAUGCGGCACGACGUAUGCCCCGCUUGAAGGACAUGAAAUUCGAAGUGGAGAGCCAGGACGAAUUUAUGCUCCAUUUUCGAAACUGUGACGAGAUUACCUUGGAAUUGGAAACCCGGUCAAGAUAUCAGCCAGCUAAUCGGGUUGCAAAGGCCUGGAACUUUGCGAUGGAUGAUGUGAGGUUUCCGAACGAUUAUGAUUUUUUUGUGAUACUUCCAAGCUGGCCGCCUGCCGCGCCUAUCUAG